AUGUCCACAACAAUAGACCAACAAAAAGAGGCCGCAUACACCCUGCUCUCUGGUAUGCUCACAAGCGUCCUACAGAAAGAGUGGAAAAUAACAGACCGCCAUUCGGCACAGUCGUCCGCCCUCCUCGACAUACUACUCCUUCCCAAGCCAGCCCCAACCCCCACCCCAGCUCCCAUCGCCCCCACCCCCAUUAAGAUCCAGAAACAAAGCAUCUUCCGCCUAGGCAACAGAACAUUCGACCUCGGCCCCGAACACGAAUCUUCCGCCAGUUCCUCCUCCGAUGACGAUGCUCCGAUCCGGAAUGCGCGUCAGCUUAAGAGCGAGAUGCGUAGGGUUAAUGCGAUUCAGAGGCGUGCGAAGAGGAGGGCGGAGAGGGGGAGGAGGAGGAUUGAGAGGCAUCUUGGGAAGACGGAGGGGGUACUGGAGUUUGAGACUGAGACCAAGACUUUGGAGACUACGAAGAGGGGGGUGGAGACGCCGGUGAGGAUGUUGAAGGAGCUGGAGGACUACAAUAGUCCUGCGAGGGGAAGUUUGUCUAGCGAUAAGCUCAUGUCGCCGCGAAGUGCUGAGUUCAGUUCGACGGCUAGCGAGGGCAACAGGGAGGUUGAGGAAUACGAUGGCGUCGACAGUCCCAUGUCGGAACCCGUACAGGCACCCAGGCGACUACAGCGCGCGGGGCCUCACAUCAAGUAUGUCAAGCCGGCAUCCAGCCAGCGUCCCGGAAUUGCAAGGAAGGAUUACCUAGGGCGACCACAGCGCCACUGCAGCGACUGCGACCGUACGUUACUGGCCUCCCACUGGACAUGCCACGUCAAAGGCCGAAUGCAUCAGGACAAUGCAGCUCGGGACAAGCAAUCGCCUCCCGUGCAGGGCACGAAAACUAGACAAGAGUAUAUGCGCGGCUUGAAGCAAUAUUGCGUGUACUGUGACCGCCAGGUCCAUUCGAGGGGCUGGGGCGGCCAUUUGAAGGCAAGGGCGCAUUUGGAGAAUGUGGCGAAGGCCAAGGCGGAUAAGGGGGACAUUCACCUCCACGCCCCGACACCGGAGUCCGUUGUGCUGUCUGUGGAAGAGGAAGAGCAGAAAGAAGAAGAGGAGGAGUAUGAAGAUGACGGCUUCGGCGAAGAAGGCUACGAAUAUGGUCACUAUUGCGAUGACUGCGAGGUCACGUUCGCUGGUGCGAACUGGGCGCGGCAUUUGACUUCGGCAGGCCACGUAUUCAAUGUCAUUAAAAACUCUCCGGGGGAUGAGGAUAUGACGUCCGAUGACGAUGAGGAAGAAGAAGAAGAAGAGGAGGAAAGCAUGGCAGACUAUGAUUCUGCCACUGAUGGAGAGAGCAUCGUGUAUGAUGAUGCCACUGACGAGGAUUCUGCGUCGCCCUCGCCCUCGCCAUCAUCUUCACCCUCAGCGGAAGAGGAUAACGUAUCCAAUGAGGGAAUCACAUUCCCCCACGACGGGACACCGGUUGCGGAACUCGCCUCGCCUCCCUCCCUCACAUCUUCGCCCACCUCCCCCUCCACAUUUUCCUGUGCUGAAUUCCCUUCGGGAGUGAACUUCUACUGCGAGACCUGCAAGGUCACUAUCUUGUCUGCGGAUCCCUGGGAGAUUGAUGAGCAUGUGGCUGAUCACGCAUAUGCAGCCUGCGAGAAGGAAGAGGUGGUGGGGAUGGAUUGGUUGAGUCAGCUGAGGGAAGCUGCUGGGUGGGUGAAGGAUGUGGAGGUGGAGGAUAUGGAGGGGGUAGAGGAUAUGGAGGGGGUAGAGGAAGUGAAGCAAGGUGGCAUGGAAUGUGAAUACAAUGGGUGGGCAUGGAAGAUGGGGACGGAUGGUAAGGUAGUUGGGGGUAUACGACGUAGUCCGUCUUAUUAG